AUGUGUAAGCUUGCAACCCUUUUCACCGUAGCCCUUCUCCUCAGCUUUACGCUUACUUACGCUGCUCGCCCCCAGCCGGUCCUAUCCGAUGACUCUCUGGAUUUCAAGGCAGAUGAGGCUGCGGUUGUUGAGAGUUGUGAAGGACUAGGGGAGGAGGAGUGCUUGAUGAGAAGGACCCUCGCAGCUCAUGUGGAUUAUAUCUACACGCAGAAGCACAAGCCAUGA